GGAUUAAUCGCACCCGUUAAGCGCAGGAAGCGGGAAUUUGAACUGAAUAACAAGUCCAGACAGAUUUACUGUUAUGAUUUUCAGCUGGCCAACAAAUUAAAUGGCUUCGUUAUAAGGUGUGAAAUUCGAAAUAAUUUUCCUUUGCUGAGAAUUGCUCAAUUUUAAUUUUAAAAGACUGGAAUACGUGAAAAUAAAUCACAGAUCUGAAAGAUGGAAGUGUCAGACAUCUGUAACCCAAAUCAACAUAAAAAGACUUCCCCUCAUUUCCCUACAACCAAAAGUGUCAUCCAGACUCUCAAGUUUGGCAGUGUCAACUCAAAGAUCGAAUCCUCUCAAUAUAGAAGCAAUCAGAAUCAACACUCAAAUUCUUUACGCUCAGAGUUGUUUCACAGACACAUGAACUCGUGUCAGUUAUCAAAAGAGCAUGAAAAUGUGACUGAGAGUUGUGGUAGCUCACCGAGCGGAUUAAUUCCUGAUUGUUGUAAGUCUAGUGACAGUGUGUUUACGAUUAGUCCGUUGGUAAAUAAGUCACAGAAUGUAGAACGAUAUCGCAAUAAUUCUGGGGACAGCAAUUACUCUGUUUCUAAAUUUGAUAACAGUAGCAGCCCUGAUAAUAAAUCAGUCACUAAUAAUAACAAUAAUUAUCUUCCUUUCACAAACUGUAGUUCAGGGAUGACUCAUGCUGUAUUAUUUAAAACACAACAAGGAGAACACAGUCCAUCCUCUUCAACAAAUAGGAAUGAUAAUGGCAGCUCAACCUGUUUUAAAACACCAGCUCAUGAUGAUAAUUAUCGUAGUCCUGGUUAUACUCACAUCAAAACACCGGUACGAAACAAUACUCCCAGUCCUUCAAGUAUUCGUACGCCAAAAGAUUCUCGUAUUCCCGUCACGUCGCCAAUGGGAGUUAACUUCACACCUGAAUCAAGAAUUAUAAAUCCAUUUGAUGAUGGUACUGAAAAGUUAAAUCUGCCGACAUUCAGUCCGUCCAUGUUUACAGUCGCCUCAACUCCUUCAACUGAUGGCCGAGCACCUAAGCCGUUUCGAUGGUCUAUAGAUCAGAUGGCAGCCCUACAUCCAGCUGAUAUAGAUGAGAUGCCCCACCAUCAACAUAGAUACGUCUCACCUGAUCGAGAGAUGGAAGAGAGAGCACAGAAAGCUAUAGAUGAUUACUUUGCUAACCAUAUCAUAGCACCGUCACCCUUUAAUCCUAACCCUAAACCUUUUACAUUACCUUCUACACCCACAGCACAGAUGGGUUGUAUGAUGGCUAUAAAUGUAGAAGAAUUAAAGGGCUCGAUACAGAAGGAAUUAACGGGAAGAAAAACUAGAACACAAGAUGCCUCAUGUCAGACCAUAUUAACUCUACCAACAGAUUUAGACAUGUAUAAAGUAUUAGAGCAAUAUAUGACGUAUAAACCAGAAACAGAGACAAAUACCAGCGAUGAAUUAAGUACUUCGUCUUUACGGAGAAAACUUUUCUUUCAAGGGGAUGGGAAUACCUCGUUUAGUCCAGUCAAAUUGUGUAGUGAAGCAGCCAUGAUUUUAGAUAGUCCAGGUGUUUCUCCUAUUAAAAAACAACAAACACCAGAAUGGGAGAGAAAAACACCGCUCAAAACUCCAUCUUCAGCCCAAUUCGCAUCUAGUCCUAUCCGUACCAAUUCUUCCAAGAAAUUCACUCAACUACGAAGAUCUUCUUCCGAGACAGAGUUUAUGGCAUCACCAGAGUUAUCUCCCAUUAACAGACGACAUUCUGGAGGACCGUCAUUACGUAAAUCGAGAUCUUCUGGUGAGUUUGCUCCCAUGUCAAGUUUGUGUACAAGUCCUAUACAAGAAGAUUACUCUGACCAAGAGUUCCCUCCCCUUCCCAGUCCAAACAUGUCUCCCAUCAGAAAAGAACUUGGUGCCUCCUAUCUACCUGAUAAUGAUGAUUGUUCUGACGAAUCAACACCCCAAGCCUCAAAUCCACGAUCAUACAACAGCAAGGCUAGCCAGUUCACACUCUCUCCUCAAUUUCAUACGAUAGACACGGUGGGAGGUUCGCCAUUAAUCACGGAGGCUACUGCCAUGGAAACUGAAUCUUACAAACCACCUCAUCCAUUGACGGACAUUAACGAUUUCUCAAUUACCGAUAUGGAGACAACCAGCGACUCGGCUCCGUUGCCAAAUUCCACCAAUCAGGACACAGGAUAUCAAACAGCUAGUAUUCAGUUGACAAGUCUGCACACUAACUUGACCAGUCAAUUCAGUUCGCUUCCUCUUAAAACCGAAAGUAGCAUUGAUCCCAAUGACCUCGGUGAUAGCUUUAACUACAGCCAAUCAAAUCGUUCAUCUGUUUUUGACUUGGACUCGGAAGGUGGUGAUGGAAUAAGACAGUUCGAUACAGAUUCUGUUUUAUCGGAGGGAAAGGGAUUCGACAAAGCGAAGCAUGCUCUUGAAAUGGUUACAAGUCUGUACCCGGAGAGUCUGGAUGUUUCAUUGAAUCCUGUUGGAUCAUCGACACCGACAAAAGGAAUAGUGAGAAAUCCUGUACAACAGCGAUUGUUUAGAGAUCAUCUCUCUGAUGACCUUGACCUCGCUCAAGAUAAACAAUUAGGCAGUGCAGUAGCUUUGGAGAUAUUAAAACGUGCUGGUGAUGAUUUGGCCAGAUAUACAGCGUCUGUUGUCACGGAAACUCAGUAGAAUACACAAACUCUGUUGUCAUGGAAACUCAGUGAAAUACACAAACUCUUUUUUCACAUAAACUCAGUAAAAUACCAUACUCUGUUGUCAUGGAAACUCAGUAAAAUACACAACUCUGUUGUCAGUAAACUCUGUGAAAUACACAAACUCUGCUGUCACAGAAACUUGUUGAAAUACACGAACUCUGUUGUCAUGUAAACUCAGUGAAACACACAAACUCUGUUGUCAUGGAAACUUAGUGAAAUACACAAAACUCUGUUGUCACAGAAACUCAAUGAAAUCCACAAAUACUUAUUAAAAUAUAAAACAAUCUCUAGUGUGAUGAAUAUGUCUUCAAAUCAGUAGUCUUCCAUAUCUGUCCAUGAAACUUCUAUAAACAAAUAAUCUUUUAGUCUUUCAAACAUUAAAUGGAUCUAUAAGUGAAGGGCAUAAUCCAUAGAAUAGAAUGAAAAGGUCAUUGUCCAUUGGUUCACUUCAUACCUCCAAGCAAUCAUGCUGUCCAUGGAUUCACUUUGCAUGCAGGAUAAUUUAUAAGACUUUUUUCCAUAAAACAGUAUAAAUAGAACGUUUUCAUGAAGAUACCAAUGUAUACCAAAGUUUUUAAAAUAUAUUUCAUGCAUGAUGUGUCAAAUAAAUAUUUUUCAAUUUAUCAGGAAUAUCAAAUAUUUUCGGAAAAGUGAAGGUCACGAUGGUGCUUAAUUGUUGUGUUGUUUUGUUUUUGAAGAAUCAACUACAAUUAAUAAUAUGGUCAGUUUUUGCUGUAUUUCUCAUGUUAGUGGAGAACUUCUUGGUACCUGUCCAUCAAUUUAUAAACCAUAAAAUUAGAAUUCCAACAAAUUUAAUACUAAAGCACAAUAAAUACGGUUAUAAUUAUGUUAUUAUAUAUGUGUGUUUUAAAAAAUUGCAAUAAUGCUAAAAAUUGUCAUAUUCUCUUGAAAAAAAUAUCUUGGUAAACUGACUGGCCAGCAAGAAGUUGAGGGUAUCUACUUUGAUGAUAACAGAUUCAUAGCUUGGAUCUCAAUGGCUGGUGUGGGCGUAUGUUUUCUUUGCCUGGCAACCUAUCAUAGUUUUUAGAGGGGAAGAACAUGGAGUUUUUUUUAAGUGAUAGGGUAGUGAAAAUCAUGUUCUAUUUUUUGUGGGGAGAUGCUAAUUGUAGCGGGUUGGGGCGAGGUUCGGGUGUUUCCGUAGUCCGAAAUGGCCUGGUUAUAUAAAUGAUAAUUUUGGCGAAUCCUAACCCUAACCCUUUUUAGAAGACUGAACUUGGAUCCAAUUUACCUAUUACCCCUCAUAAAAGGGUUAGGGUUCUGGUCCGUAUUCUCCAAAAUACUCAUUUAUAUAAAGCGGCCAUUUUAGACUCCCAAACCUCCCCAACUGGCCUACAAUUAGCAUCUCCCAUUUUUUGUAGUUCAAUUAUAAUUUAUGAUAAUUUUUUGGGGUAUUUUAUUUUUAUAGUUGAUUGUGUAAUGAAUAUUAUAAUUGAUGAUGUUGGAGCUAUGUUUUUGUAUUUUUGUAAUUAAAUUAAAUCAUGUUUGUCCUGCCUAGUCAAUUUGUAAUAUUGCUCAAUAAAAUAUUUUUAUAAUUUAA